UUCACUCAUUGACAACACUGUCAAGAUGAUGAAUGUGUGGUUUCCAGAAGGAUGGUAUAUAAGCCCAUUCCUUUCUCUGGCACAUUGACACACACAGAAGAAGAUGUGCACAGCAAGCUUCCACGUCCUGCUGCUGAGCAGCAUCCUCACAACCCAAGUGACCACAGCUAUGGUACCUGGCAGCGUCAAUGGGAGCGUGGGACCCAAUGGAUUCUGCCACUGUACAGUCAAUUAUCCGGAUCUUACAUUUCCUGUAGACAGGGUUGAACAACUUGAAAUGUUGUCAGUCUCUCUGUCAACUACUGUGGAGAGGGAACUCACAAAGAUACAGGAAUUUGCAAGUAAAUUAUCAAUUCAUGAACAUCGCAUGCAAAAUCUCACUUUUAGAGUGGAGACCAUGGAAAAUAAUGUUGCUUCCUACUCCGAGUUAGAUUUUGAAUUGCUCAAACUUGAAAUUAGACAGAUGGAGUCCCUCACCAAUAAGAUGAAGGCUACUGUUGCUGACAGCAAUGGGAUUAUUGAACAACUGUCUAUUGAGUUAAAGAAUAUGACACUUGCAAUCACUAAACUGGAGAAGUUUGACAAAAACAAUGUCCUUGCUAUUCGCCGUGAAGUUGCUGCAUUGAAGAGACGACUGGAGGAAUGCCAGGAGACCAGAAAUCAAACCAAUCCUACUCAACCCCCUAUUGUUUAUGGAAGCUGCAACCAUGGGCUUGUUUCAAACAUUAGCGAGCCAUUUGUUGUCCAGCUGAACUGGAGAGGAUUUGGAUACAAAGCUGGUGCCUGGGGAAGAGAUCCUGCGCCCGUCCCCCCAAAGAAGGACCUCUACUGGCAAGCACCUCUGAGGGAUGAGAGAUACAUGGACUAUUAUAGACAGUAUGAGUCCUUUGAUGAUUUACUGCUGUACAAAAACCCCAAAGAGUACCAACUUGGCAGUGGUCAUUUGGCUCAAGGCAGUGGCAUGGUGGUGUAUAAAAAUAAUUUGUACUACAACUUGUUGAAUUCAAGAAAUAUUCGUAAAGUUGACAUCAACACAAAUGGUAUUGUGUUAACGAAAGACCUCCCAGGUGCAGCCUUCAAUAACAGGUUUUCAUAUUCGGGAUCACCCUGGCAGGAUAUUGAUCUGGCUGUGGAUGAAAGUGGUCUGUGGGCAAUAUAUGCAACUGAAGAAAGCACGGGGAACAUUGUGAUCAGUAAGCUUAAUGAAACAACACUUAAUGUUGAGAAAACCUGGGUGACACAACAGUAUAAACCAGCUGCCAGCAAUGCUUUCAUUGUUUGUGGAGUUCUCUAUGUAACCAAGACUGUAACAACUAGACAUGAAGAGAUAUUUUACAUGUAUGACACCAAGACAAACCAAGACACCAAAAUUAGCAUACCGUUUAAAAAGAUGAUGGAAUACGUGCACGGUGUCAAUUACAAUCCACCAGACCAUAAGUUAUAUGUUUAUAAUGAUGGCUAUCUGAUCAAUUAUGAUCUCAGCUUUUAUCCAAAAAAUACCAACCUAUAAAUGAGCAACUGUUUAAAAUAAUCCCUUUGAAUCAAUCCCCUCAGCAGAACAAUGCUUAGCAUCCUUAAAUACAAUUAAAAAAGUAAUCACCAAUACAAUCAACAGGUGUAAUGGCUGGCAAUUGUUUUCUUAUGUUAAUUUGUUGCAUUUUUUAAAAUCACUAAAAAUUGAAAGCAGCUGCUGAUUUGAAAAUACACACAUAUGCAAAAUGUGAUCAUUUCUGUUCCGUUCUAAUAAAAUAAAGCAUGCCUGAA